AUGUCCAAGUCAUGGGCGUCGACACUGAGGUUACCCAAGUCUACCUUUCCACCGCGCCCGCUCUCGCAGUUCCGUGCCGACUACCUGCGCCGAUCCGCGGAUGACUUUUACCAAUGGCAGCUAUCCAACGAAUCGAGGCCCGCGUUUUCUCUGCAUGACGGCCCUCCGUACGCCAAUGGAGGCCUUCAUGUUGGUCAUGCCUUGAACAAGAUCUUGAAGGACAUGAUCAACCGGGUCAAGGUCCAACAAGGUUACCGUGUACGAUACAGACCUGGCUGGGAUUGCCAUGGGCUCCCCAUCGAGAUGAAGGCCGUUGGCGCCUCCGGCGGCAAGGGCCUGACUGCGACCGAGAUCCGCAAGGCUGCUAGACAGCUCGCCUCUGCCACGGUGCUGGAGCAGAUGGAUGGUUUUCGAUCAUACGGCGUCAUGGGCGACUGGGAUGCACGAUGGACGACCAUGGACCCCGACUUUGAGAUCAGGCAGUUGCGCUUGUUCCAGCAGAUGGUCCGUCGAGGUCUCAUCUACCGCAAGAGCAAGCCCGUAUACUGGUCGCCAUCGUCGAGGACCGCCUUGGCCGAAGCCGAGCUGGAGUACAACGAGAACCACGUCUCAACGGCAGCCUAUGUAAGGUAUCCAAUCACUGGCGGCCCGUCGUUGAGCGGCGUCUCCGGCCAGCUGUACGCCAUCAUCUGGACCACCACACCUUGGACGCUCCCCGCCAAUAAAGCCAUUGCUGUUCACGAGGACCUCGAUUACGCCGUCGUAUCUGCCAAAGGAGCCUCGUACCUGACCGCCGUCAGCCGACUGGAGGCCGUAAAGGCUCUCUUCCCCGAGGAGGAGCCCCAGGUCGUCGUGUCGUCCAUCAAAGGUUCCGAGCUAAAGGGAUUGAAGUACCACAACAGACUGCAGGGUGUGCAGUCCGCGCCGCAGCCCGUUAUCCAUGCAGACUUUGUCUCCGCCGACUCGGGAACCGGUCUCGUUCAUAUCGCCCCGGGCCAUGGCUUUGAGGACUACGAGGCGUGUGCGCAACUCGGCAUUGACGCCUUCGCGCCUAUAGACGACGAGGGGAAUUUCACCCGUGAAGCCUUCCCCGAUGCCCCCGAAAAGUUGACCGAGGCCUCUUCAAUUCUCAAGGGCGGCAGCAAGGCCGUUCUCGCCCUGAUCCAAGACGAUGUCUUGAGCGCCGCAAAGUACAAGCACAAGUACCCCUACGACUGGCGGACGAAGCAGCCCGUUGUUAUGCGGUCCACCGCUCAAUGGUUUGCGGACGUUGACAGCAUCAAGGACGAUGCCGUCGACGCACUGAAGGACGUCAAGUUCGUGCCGGCCUCGGGGCGCAACCGCCUUGAGAGCUUCGUCGUAGGCCGCAGCGAGUGGUGCAUUUCGCGCCAGCGUGCCUGGGGCGUGCCCAUUCCUGCCCUUUACAACGCCGACGGAGAUGCCGUGGUGACGGAGGAAUCUGUAAGCCACAUCAUCUCCGUCAUCCAGCAGCGCGGCAUCGAUGCCUGGUUCUCGGAUGCCCCCGACGAGCCUGCCUGGGUCGCCCCGUCUCUCAAGGGGCAGUUCCGCCGCGGCACCGAUACCAUGGACGUCUGGUUUGACAGCGGGAGCAGCUGGACGGAAAGCAACGGCCAAGCCGAUGUCUACCUCGAAGGGUCUGACCAACAUCGCGGCUGGUUCCAGUCUAGUCUGUUGUCAUAUGUCGCCGCCCAAAGAGCCGAGAGCGACGGGGCAACUCGGGUGCAGCCCAAGUCCCCCUUCAACACGCUCAUCACCCACGGAUUCACCCUGGAUCAAGCCGGCAAGAAGAUGUCAAAGUCGAUUGGCAACACCAUCACGCCUGCCCAGAUCAUGGACGGCACUUUGCUGCCUCCGAUCAAGGUCAGAGGCAAGGCCAAGGUGGCCGGCGCCGGUCCGACAUACGAGGCUCUGGGUCCGGACGCGCUGCGUCUCUGGGUGGCCAGCUCCGAGUAUACCAAAGACGUAGCCGUCGGCCAGGCGGUCCUCAAGUCUGUCCACACGAUUUUGGUCAAGUACCGCACCAUCAUCAAGAUGCUGACCGGCUCGAUGCACGAGUCGGCGCGCACCGCCCCGACGACUGCCCUCGACCACAUCGCUCUCAUGCAGCUGAAGGACGUCACGGAGGAGGUCCACCAGGCGUUUGCCGCGCACGAGUUCUACAAGGCCUUCAACGCCCUGAACCGCUGGGUGGCUAACGACCUAUCGGCCUUUUACCUGGAGGCCAUGAAAGACCGCCUCUACUGCGGCGACGGCGGCGGCGUCCUGGAGCCCAUCUUCUUGGGUUUCCUCCGGAUGCUGUCGCCUAUGACCCCGCUCCUGGUCGAGGAGGCGUGGGACCACCGUCCCGAGUUCAUGAAGGCCGACCGAGCUCUCCUCCACCCCCUGCACACCCCCCACGACGCCCCGAUCCACGACCGGCCCCCCUCGGCCGUCGGGGAAGAGUCUCUCCGCAAGGACCUUCCGGUGCUCAUCUCCGUCUCCGGCGCCGUGAAGGCGGCCCUCGAAAAGGGCCGGCUGGCCAAGGUCCUCGGCUCGUCGCUGCAGUCGUCGGUCGUCGUGACCACCGAGGACCCGGCGGUGGCCGGCGUCCUGGGCAAGUACGGCGAGGAGGAGCUGGAGGCCAUGUUCGUCGUGUCGUCCGUGGAGACGAACGUGGAAGUGCCCCCUGGGGCCGCGUGGCGCUACGACGAGGCGUUCGAGGUCGACGGCGCAAAGGGGACCGUCUCGGUGCUGCCGCCCAAGGAGCACAAGUGCCCUCGUUGCUGGCGGUACGUCGCGCUGAAGGAGGACGCUCUCUGCCGUCGCUGUGAGGAUGUCGUAUAG